AUGUUAUCAAGUAUUUCUCGCCUUGGUCAUGUGAUGCGACGAGGUGAUAGAGAAAUUAAGGAUCUUAUUCAGAUCAAGAAGUUCUUAAAAGAGCAGCCAUAUGGUGUUUUAUGUCUAAAUGAUCAUGAUAAACCAUAUGGUAUCCCAUUAUGCUAUGGAUUCACAUGGGAUAAAGAUGAAAAGUUUCCUACAUUCUAUUUCCAUGGUGCUCAGAGUGGUCGCAAAAUUGGAGCGAUUAAAAAUAAUUCUGAUGCAUGCUUAACCAUCUCCAAACCACUCAAACUUGUAUAUUUUCCAGGCCGUCCACCAUGCACUGCAACAAUGAAUUAUGAAUCAGUCAUCGCUGAAGGAAAAGUCGAACUUUUGACACAUAAAGACGAAAUUAAAACAGCCUUGGACUCAAUAAUCACACAGUUUGAUAUUCCAUUAGGAAAGUAUAAGGAAGCUUCAUUGAAAAGAACUGCAGUUAUUAAAUUUAUCACAAACUCUCUCUCAAUGAAAAGAAAUACUGCAUUAGAGUAA